AUCAUCUUAGUAGAUAAACACUGAAAACACCUAAAAUAUCCUGUUAUCUCUCUUUUUACAGGAUAAACCAGAAGCCAAUCUUGAACUGUAGAAGAAGCUCCAAGAGAUGGCAAGAGUUGUUAAAGUCGAUUCUUCAGAAUCAUGGAACUUUUAUGUGAGUCAAGCCAAGAAUCAAGGUUGUCCUAUUGUGGCUCAUUUCACAGCAUCAUGGUGUAUUCCUUCUGUUUUUAUGAACUCUUUCUUCGAAGAACUGGCGUUUAGCUAUAAGGAUGCUCUGUUUCUCAUCGUUGAUGUUGAUGAAGUCAAGGAACUGGCGAGUCGUCUGGAGGUAAAGGCGAUGCCAACUUUCUUGUUCUUCAAGGAUGGUAAUGCUAUGGACAAAAUCGUGGGCGCAAACCCUGAUGAGAUCAAGAAAAGGGUCGAUGGCUUUGUUCAGUCCUCACGCGUUGUUCAUGUUGCUUAGAAAUAUUGUAUAUACAGAUUAAGAGCUGUAUACUAAUAAAGUUUGUGUGAAAUGUAUUUAGCUUGCAACUUUUGUAUAUAUGGUCUGUGUGAAACUUUCAAGUGUAAUUGUAAAUUUGUAUUAAUAAACCUCUGUUUUACCUUAA